GAAGCUAAAAGAAAGAAACACAAAGAUGAGCAUUGCUCGAAGAUGGAGGCUGCUAAGUGGGAAAAACCAUUGGGAGGGUCUACUAAACCCUCUUGACAUGGAUCUGCGAAGGUACUUAAUUCACUAUGGACAAAUGGCACAAGCCACAUAUGAUACUUUCAUCUCGGAAAAAGCUUCCAAGUAUGCAGGAGCAAGCAAGUACACCAAGAAGAACAUGUUCGCGAGGGUGGGUUUGGAGAAUGGGAAUCCCUUCAAGUACAGUGUGACCAAGUAUCUGUAUGCAACAUCACAAAUCGAAGUUCCUGAAGCGUUUGUGAUAAAACCAUUGCCAGAGGAUUGUUGGAGCAAGGAAUCAAACUGGAUAGGGUAUGUUGCUGUGGCGACAGAUGAAGGCAAAGCUGUGUUAGGAAGGAGGGAUAUUGUGAUUGCUUGGAGAGGAACAAUAAGAACGUUGGAGUGGAUUAAAAAUUUAAAAUUCCAAUUGGUGUCUGCUCCUGUACUUUUUGGUGGCAAGGGUUUGGCUGAUCCUAAAGUGCAUCAUGGUUGGUACUCUAUGUACACUUCAAAUGAUCCUCAAUCUCGAUUCAAUGCAACCAGUGCAAGAGACCAGGUCCUAAGUGAGAUAAGAAGGCUGGUAGAUUUAUACAAGGACGAAGAAAUCAGCAUAACUGUAGUGGGACACAGUUUAGGAGCUGCACUUGCAACCCUAAACGCAGUGGACAUAGCUCGAAAUGGCUACAACAAGCCAACAGACACACCAGACAGAGCAUAUCCAGUAACAGCCUUUCUAUUUGCGUGCCCUCGAGUUGGGGAAUUUAUCUUCAAAUGGGUUUUCGAUGGGCUGAAAGAUCUGAGAGCCUUGAAGGUUGAGAAUAUUCUUGAUGUUGUUCCAAAGUAUCCAUUUUUUCCCUAUCUUGAAGUGGGUGAAGAACUGAAGAUGAAUACUCAGAAAUCUCCGUACUUGAAGAGUCCAGGGACUGUCAGUACUUGGCAUAACAUGGAGAGUUAUCUGCAUGGAGUUGCAGGAACACAAGGACUUGAUGGAGAGUUUAAAUUAGUGGUGAAUCGUGAUAUUGCACUUGUAAACAAGGGACAAGAUGCUUUGAAAGAUGAGAAUCUUGUUCCUGUAUCGUGGUGGGUUGAGAAGAAUAAGGGAAUGGUUCAACAAGAAGAUGGUUCGUGGGAGCUGAUGGAUCAUGAGGUGGAUGCAUUCUGAUUGAUGACAAUAAUUGUAUAGCUGUUGUUGACUUCUGAUUCGUUAAGAUUAUUUAUACAUCGUGGUUGGGUAUUUAAAAUUGUCAAGAUUCUGAGUGUUGCAGUAAAAUAUAAACAUUAAUUGUAUUUUUUUUCUUUUUAUUUAUCAAAUUGCGGAAUCCAUUUACAUUGUAACCCAAAAUGAUUCUGCAAGUUGAAGUAAAAUAUCUAUAAUGUUGCAUAUGGGUUCAUUUACUUUGGUAUCCAUGUG